AUGAGUGAGGUUAUUUAUCGGCAUUUUGCUUUGACAUUCUAAUAUUUGAGAAUUUGUCUUGUGCUUUGGAUCUUUAGAGAAAAAUGAGCAAGUUGGAAGAAAAAAUAUUAAACGGUUUAAAUAUUAUUGGGUACAAGGGACCUUUACUACAAAAACCACAGUUCCCUAUUGCAGUAGAAGGUGGUCCUAAAAAUGUAGAAUAUACUAAAUUAGUGAAUUUUCUUACUAAUGAAAUUCGCACUUUGUUGGGUAUCGAUGAAGAAGUCAAUGAGAUAUCAUUUCCAGAAGAUUCUGUUGCUUUCGUUAUGGAAAUAACUUCUUUCUUGAAAGAAUUAAAUUGUCCUUACACUUCUUUAACCCAUGGAAUAGUUUCUGAACGUUUACAAAAUGUGUCAGAUCGAUUGUUGUUGCUGGAUUAUUUAAUAACAGAAUUAAUGGGAGCACGAAUUCUGCAAGACAAGAAGCCUGACAAGAAGAUAGAAUUAAAAUUGCAUGAAACACCUGAAGGUGCCGAUAUGAGACAGAUUUUACAAACUUUACGGUUUCCGAAACCUCCAGCAAAUAUAUCAAUUACGACAUUAUUCCAAAAGCUUUGCCCUACUAUACCAAUUGUUCUUAAAAAAGCUGGUACCGACAUUAUUGGUAAUGGAAUUUUUAAUGGAUUUCUAUCAGAUAAACAGUGGCAGAUAUUAAAUGAUGUCCAAAAAGAUAUGAAUAACGAAUAUAAGAUUAGAAGAGAAAUGUUAUUAACAAGAUUAGAUGUCACCAUACAGUCCUUUCAAUGGUCUAAUAGAACGAAAGGCAAAGAAGACAUGUUCGAAAAUAUUUAUCAUAUAAAGCGUGUGUUGUUGAAAGUCGAUCCUGAUGUAGACCUAUCGGAUCUCUUAGCAGCAAGAGUUGACCUGGCUAUAAUUGAAAAAACAAGUAACGCUAAUGUCAGAAAGAACACCAGAAGUGAACUAAAUAAUGUUAUAAUUGGACAGGUUCCAGACAGAGGAGGCAGAACAUCUGAAAUAGCGCCUCCUCCUCCUGAAAUGCCAUCAUGGCAGCAAAGAUCCGCAGGUGGAGGUGGUGGACGCGGGGGUGGCAAUUUCAGCAGAGACGGAGGUAGCAAUUUCUCACGAGGAGGUGGAAGUAAUUCUUCAUACAGUAGAGGAGGAGGAGGAGGAGGAGGAGCAGGAGGAAGGGGCACUGGUUACCAAUCAAGAGGUGGAUAUGAUAAUUCUGCCAAUUACGGAAGUAAUAAAAGUUUCGAUAGUGCUGGCACUUACAAUAUAGAUAACAGAUACGGCAGUAACAACAGAGAUAGUCGUGAUUAUUCUAGUGGGUUCCAAGGUAAUUCCGCUAGAGGUUACGAUAAUUCCAGCUCUGGUGGGUAUGGAGGUGGCGGUAACUAUAACAGACGAGAUUACGACAGCGGAAGUUACGGUGCAAAUACAGGAUAUGACAACGGUAGAGACAAUAGAAGAGGAAGCGGAGGUAAUUAUACUCAGGAUUAUCAACAAACAAAAAGGGCCAAAACUUAUGAUUCAUUUCAAGCUAACAAAUCCACAUAUGCCGAUCAAUAUGUUCAAGAAAACCAGCACAAUCAACAGUAUCAGUCGAGAGAUAAUCGUGGCGGUAGGGGUGGCGGCAGAGGACGUUCAAAUUAUCACCGGGGAGGCGGACAUAGCUAUCGAUAAAAUAAUCAGCACUCAUCCGUUUUGAAUUAUAUUCGAGGAAGAUAAAAACUGAUUUUUUUGAUUCUAUUAAUUUAUGUCGAUAUUAAAUAUCUAAUAUUAGGUUAACAGCUUAUUUAAUGAAAUUUGAACUGACUAUAUUAGAAUAAACUUUUCAUUACUUGAGUUGUGGUAAUAUUGUAAACAGUAAUUCUAAAAAAAUAAAGUAUG